UGCCAUGACGGCAUUCACUCGUCGUCGUCAUCGUCCUCUUCGUCCUGCACACACACCAGGCCACAACACACACACACACACACUCUCAUCAGCCGUCCCUCUUUCGUGCCCCGUGUGUGCGGCUCAGCUGACCUCCUCCAGUACGGUGUGCGGGUGUCUUUGCGGCGGGCGCUGCGUGGGGUCCGGGCGGGGAUUGGGCGGGUUCUUGCGCAUCACAAACUCCUUGAACACCCAGUUGCCGCUGUACACCCCCAGGCUGCCGGAGAUCAGCAGGCAGUACCACCUGGGGUUCUCGAUGCUGUACUUGAUGGCCUGCAUUCUGGCGUGGAAGACCACACCGGUGCCGGGCGGCGGGGUGGGCGUCGGCAGCUUGCUCAGCACCUUGGGGUCCAGCAGCAUCAUCGUCCGACGCAUCAGCAGAACCAAAGACCGACGCAGAGCCAUCGCGCCGGCCUCUCAACCACACAAAAAUGCGACUCGGG